AUGGAAUGGGAAAACCAAACCGUUCUGGAAGAAUUUUUUCUCCAGGGGCUUUCUGGUUACCCAAAGCUUGAGCUAAUAUUCUUUGUGUUCUUCUUAACAAUGUAUUUGCUCAUCCUUCUGGGCAAUGGCACCCUCAUUACAAUCAGCAUUUUGGAUUCUCACCUUCACACUCCUAUGUACUUCUUCCUGGGAAACCUCUCCUUCUUGGACAUCUGUUUUACUACUUCCUCCCUUCCUUCCACAUUGAUGAUUUUCUUCUCAGAAAGAAAGUCAAUUUCGUUCUUAGGCUGUGCAGUGCAGAUGUUCCUUGGGUUGGCCAUGGGGACAACAGAGUGUGUACUUCUAGGCAUGAUGGCCUUUGAUCGCUUUGUAGCCAUCUGUCACCCUCUGAGAUACCCCAUCAUCAUGAGCAAGGAUUCCUAUGUGCCCAUGGCAGUUGGGUCCUGGUUUGCAGGAGUUGUCAACUCUGCAGUACAAACUGCAUUUGUUAUACAAUUGCCUUUCUGCAGGAAUGUCAUCAAUCAUUUCCUCUGUGAAAUUCUAGCUGUCAUGAAGAUGGCUUGUGCUGACAUCUCAGGCAAUGAGUUUAUCAUGCUUGUGGCCACAACGUUGUUCACUUUGAUGCCACUGCUCUUGAUUGUCAUCUCUUACUCAUUAAUCAUUUCCAGCAUCCUCAAGAUCCAGUCCCCUGAGGGGAGAAGCAAGGCCUUCUCUACCUGCUCAGCCCACCUAACUGUGGUGAUAAUAUUCUAUGGAACCAUCCUCUCCAUGUACAUGAAACCCAAGUCUAAAGACACACUUAAUUCAGAUAACUUGGAUGCUACUGACAAACUCAUAUCCAUUUUCUAUGGUGUAAUGACUCCCUUGAUAAACCCUAUAAUCUAUAGUCUCAGAAACAAGGAUGUGAAGAAGGCACUGAAAAAUCUGAACAGAAGAUUCUUUAACAAGUGA